AUGCCCUCAUCUGCCUUAAAACGAAAUGGACUUCAGGAUCAAAAAUUUAUUGAAAGUGGUGGCAUUGCUUAUAUAAGAAAAUGUUGGCGCAACGCGCAGUGGAGUGACUAUCCAUUCGCGUUUGCUGUCAAACCCGCGAAGAAACUCCCUGUACAAAAGUUACCCGUGUCUGCAUUCAAGAGGAACGGGAUGCAAGACCAAGAACACUCAAAACUUUUGGGCACCACAAACUUUCUUAAGAGAUGUCCCCGAGAUGUAAUGUUUGAAUGUGACGUUUGUACACAACCAGUAAAAGUUAACGACCCAGUUAAAGUACCAGAGCUGCAAAAAUCUGAAUUAUGCUGUAGAGUCUUUAAGAAGAAACCUAUCGAGGUGAACCAACCCACUGUACUCACGCGUAGAGCUUGUGAAGUGGCUGUGGGAUGUAGGCCCAGGCGAAAGCCAUUUUGUGCACAUUCGUACUGCGCAGACGAAGAGCAGGAGGUACAUCGAUACGUGUCUGAAGAUGAGCGGGGUAAUUGUUGCUACCAUUUCGAGAAAAAGAAAAACGGGAGUGGCUUGAACUACUGUCAGUCGUGUCACUCGUGUCCCCAUUACGCAGAUUGCGUCCCAGCGAAGGCGAUGGAGCCUCCAAAGAACUGCUAUUAUUACUGUUGUUGA